UGUCAAAAUCGUUGAAUGUUGAAAUAAAUUAGUAAUUAACAUUGGGUUGUUUAAAAAUGUUAAAAUGUAUUUAGUUUUGCUGUGUUAUUUACAUUUAAAUCCACAAUGGAUACACUAAAGAGUUUAAGAUUCGAAAAAGGUCAUACUUAGAAUAUGAGUUGAAUCAAUUAAUGGUUUCUUUGUAUUUAGUUUAUAUGGCAAGAGAAAGGAUCACCAGAAAAUGGGAAAUAUUUCAAGGUAGAAACAAAUUUUAUUGCAAUGGAAGAAUCAUGACAGCACCAAACUCUGGAGUGUUCCUUUUCACAUUAUUUAUAAUAACGCUUACGAGUAUGUUGUUUUUUAUAUUCGACUGCAAAUAUUUAGCCGAGAAUGUAACGAUAGCAAUUCCGAUAAUCGGUGCAAUGUUGUUUCUAUUUACGAUGUCCUCUUUAUUGAGAACGAGCCUAUCGGAUCCCGGCAUCAUCCCCAGGGCUUCUUCCGAAGAGGCCGCUUAUGUUGAAAAACAAAUAGAAGUGACGAAUUCCGCGAAUAGUCCAACGUACAGGCCUCCUCCUCGGACGAAAGAAGUGCUAGUAAAGGGACAGACGAUUAAAUUAAAAUAUUGUUUUACUUGUAAGAUAUUUAGACCUCCUAGAGCAUCACAUUGCAGUUUAUGCGACAAUUGCGUGGAUAGGUUCGAUCAUCACUGCCCUUGGGUGGGUAAUUGCGUCGGUAGAAGAAACUACAGAUUUUUUUAUAUGUUUAUUAUAUCGCUGGCGUUUUUAGCUGUAUUUAUAUUUGCCUGUGCCGUGGCGCAUCUUAUUUUAAUGACAAAGGAUGAUCGGGAGUUCCUAGAUGCUGUGAAAGAAUCACCGCCCAGUGUGAUAGUUGCUGUAAUUUGUUUCUUUAGCGUAUGGAGUAUAUUGGGUUUGGCGGGCUUCCAUACUUACCUCACAACAAGUAAUCAAACUACAAAUGAAGAUAUAAAAGGUUCAUUUACGAGUAAACGUGGACAGGACAAUUUCAAUCCAUAUUCAGAAGGCAAUAUUUGCUUGAACUGUUUUCACAUUCUGUGCGGGCCGGUCACCCCUUCGCUCAUUGACAGACGAGGAAUCGUAACCGAAAGUUACCGAAAUGAGCAGAGCCGAAGCAUUACGAGCGCUCCGACAUUACCUUUCAAAAAAUUCACUGCACCAAUCCAAAACGGUCCUCAGCUAGUUUCGCCGGAAAUGUCGGGGAUCUACCGCCAAACAUCCGAAAACGUGGAAAAUAAUACCGGUAGUGUAGCUCAUUUAGUCCCCAGCGAACAACCUUUAGCUGUUAUUCCGACGGCGGUACACCGAAAGACUUAUCGCGAGGAAGAAAACUUUAACAAAGUGGUGCCCAACAAGUCGCAUUUGUACAACAACGUCCUUCCUCACAUCAGGCAGGUGGAGCAGAAAGGGCCGGACAAAAGUGUUGAAAAAUCGCCCUCUUUCCCUAAAGAGACUGUAAACGGGAUGAAAGAUAUCGCAGUGAGCGUGGAGGACCUUCACUUAGAUCCGAUCAUAUUGCGAGAAGGUCACCUGUUGGCGACUUACAACGGUAAAAGUCGCUACGGUGACUUGAAAUUGGAUAACGAUUUGACGAGGCAGGAGAAAGAAAAUAAUUUAUUCAGUGUAAGUAGGUUGCGGCUGUUGCAAGAUACCACUAUGAUCGAAAGUGCCCUGGACUUGGAUUCGCUCGACGGGUCUAGUUUAGGUACAAACAGUCAAGCCGGACUCAUGAAAAUAGAAGUAUAAAGAUUCGAGAAUACAUAUUUCCAUUCGACAUAAACUUUUCUCGAUUCCGUUUUUUGAAAUAGCAUUUAUCCGAGUUUUGCAUCAAAAAGGGCUAUCUCAUUUUUUU